AUGUCCGUUCCCUCGUAUUAUACGGAGAUAGGUCACUGUAAUAUGUGUGACAUCGAAGAUAUGAAGUAUAGGGCCGUCAUCGUUAGUCCAGAGCAGCUUAUGAAACCUGGAGGGGAAUUUGAGAAACUGCUGUGCAAACCGCUUUUUGCGCAGCAGAUUAUUGGUGUGGUAUUUGAUGAAGCACAUUGUAUCACAACCUGGGGUGAAUUCCAUCCUGAAUACAAGGAAUUAGAACAUCUCCGUUAUAUCCUGCCUUGCUACAUCCCUUUCAUGCUUGCAUCCGCAACGCUCACAGUGGACAAUCUCGUACACGUGAAGCGGCUACUCCACAUAUGCUCAAACAAACUCCUCACGAUUCAAACUUCUGUCGAUCGUGCAAAUAUCAAACUCUGCGUCCAUAAAAUCAUGUACUCACUUUCAUCAUAUCAAGACCUCUCGUUUUUAAUACCUGACAGCUGGAAGGACAGUGACCCAGCACCUCCAAAGUUUCUCAUCUUCUUUGACGACAUGCAAGACUCUAUAGCGGCGGCAAAAACAAUACAGAAACGACUCCCAUCAGCACUGCAAGAUGAGGUGGACCGCUUGAUAUCUGGAGAGACUUGGGGGCUUUGCACCACAGAAUCGUUCGGAAUGGGAAUGGACGUACCAGAUAUAUUACUUGUCAUCCAGUGGAAAGCGACAUGCAAGUUGGCCACUCUUUGGCAACGAUGGGGACGUGCUGUCAGGGAUCGCAGACUCCAAGGCACAGCAAUAUUAUUUGCUGAAAGAGAGUAUUUCGACGACGUGCGUGAAGAAAAGCACUGGCGGCAAGAGACAAAAAAACACAAAGCAGGCGAGAACAGAGAAUGUACGGCUACAAGACAGCGUACCCAGCUACAUCCUGUAAACAGGCAGGAUGAUGUACAUGAGUGGGAAAAUGAUAUUCCUGGGGAUGAUAGUGACGGUGACAAAGCGGAGGUAGGUGAUCAAGAGCUAAGAGGGCAGUUGCAGUCAAAGUUGGAGGGAAAGCCAGGUGGUUCAUGGAAGAAGAGGGAAUUAGAUCCUGUGAUGGACUGCUUGAUUAAUGCUCACCUGCAAGGUACAAUUCAUUGUCGACGCAAGGUCCUCCAUGUUCACUUCAAUGACUCAUUGGCUGAUCCAGACCAUGUUACAUGUGACCCAUCAAAUUCCGACGGCUGCACCCAUUGCGCACCACUCACAUCAAGUGUCUGUUGCGACAUCCAUAAUCCCGACUCUCUCUCACAUAACAAUAUAUCUUUACCUUCCAAAAUCGCCCACCGUUCACGCACUGUCAAGUACGAGAUGGGGCCACAGGAAUUUGAGCUCCAUGAUGCUCUGGAAGAAUGGCGAGAAUUAAUAACUAGGAGAGUAUACGGUGAUUCGGCGCUCAACGACUAUGGUCCUGGUGUGACAAUGCCAGACUCGGUAUUGGACCGUAUUGUCGACUGUGCUCACCACCAUAAAUUUUCUACUACCGAUGACCUACGUAAGGAAACAAAGUGGUCUGCAGCGGACCGCUUUGGUAGUGAUGUCAUAGCUAUCGUUCAGCGCAUCAUACCAGUUCCCGUGCUCAUACCUGUUUUCACUACUGCCACGCGUCCAUGA